AGCUCAGAGACUCAUCAGCUGAUUCACAGGCACAUCGAGAUGCUCAUCCGGCGCCGGAUGUUGACAUUGCCGGUGUGCGUCAGUGAAAUGUGUCCGUGAGUUCCGGGGUCAUGGCCGCUGUCAGCUGCGCGAGGUUGCUGUCACCGGGAUCCGUUCACGGGCUGCGGCUCGGUUCGAGGAUUCUUCCAGCUCUGAGCCGGGUGUCUCUGGUGCGCGGGCACAGGCUCGGUCCGGCGGACGAUGAGCUGUACCAGAGGACCACGGUGUCGGUGAUGCAGAAGGAGGCGGGUGGAGGAGCCGUCGUCUACAGCUACAGCCCUCGAGGAUUCAACAUCAGCGGAAACAAAGUGUUCGGGCCGUGUGCUGUUCUGCCGCCGGCCGUCCUGCAGUGGAACGUGGGCUGUCACGCAGACAUCACAGUGGAGAGUUUAUCUCUGUUUUAUCUGCUGGAGCCGCGCAUCGAGGUUCUGGUUUUGGGGACGGGAGCUCGUACGGAGCGUCUGGAUCCAAACGUGCUGAACUUCCUGAAGAAGAAAGGCAUCGCGGUGGAGGUUCAGGACACGCCUAACGCAUGUGCGACGUUCAACUUCCUGUCCAGCGAGAGACGCUUAGCGGCGGCCGGUUUGAUUCCCCCUCCUGCGGUCGAAUAACUGCGAAGAACAGCACUCUGGGAAAUGAUGUUUUCUCAUUACAGUGCGUUACGUGAUCUGUGAAUGUAGUGUGUAUAAACAGAUUAAAGUGUGCCUGUCCCAGAUUGAGGCUGUUAAUCUGACUGUGGCGUCUCUGUCCUCUGUGAUAACGGGUUAAUCUGAGCUCAUGUGUGAUCAGACACAAACACACACUCGUCACCGUGUGCACGUCUUUAUUAGCACCACGUGUGCACUAUUAUCAGCUAGCACACAAAUACCACACAACACCAGCCUGCCAGAAUCUGAUCAUAUUUAGCAAGCGUGAACACAUUAAUUGUGUCUUUUUAAUGAAUCUGUCCCAGAAAAUCCACGGCAGGAGGAAAUACUGAAAGAGAUCGUUCAGCUGGACAUCAUCAUUCUUUUGUCAUUUACUUGUUCAAAACAUCUAUGACUUACCUUUUGUAAAUCAUGCUGUGAACAGCACUGGACCCUGUUUAAGGUUGUAUAUUGUAUGAAGUGUUAUAGAAAUAAAGCUUGACUUGACCUGAAACAUGCAGUGUUUA